AUGCUGUUGAUGGUGUAUGCCUGUAUGAAAGAGAAUUUGUUUGAUGCAUUUUUUCUACCAGAGGAGAAAAUUGUGAAGGUUCAACACCUACUGAAUGAGGAGAUAAACUUGCAGCUACAUCCAGACACCCACGCUGACAACCCACUCAAACUUUAUCCUUCCUACAUAGAGGAGGUUCCAGAUGGCACAGAGAGUGGACAGUUUCUAGCUGUUGAUAUUGGUGGUACACGUUGCCGUGUACUUUUAGUGGAUGUACACAAUGGCAAAACAUCAGCAAAAGUGAUUAAAGAAGAUCUUCCUGCUAAAUGUUACACUGGCUCGGGAGUGCAGGUGUUUGAUUUUAUAGCAGAAAAACUGCAUCAACUUCUGACAGAAUGUAAACUGCAGAACACACCAGAGCCAAUCCAGCUUGGAUUCACCUUCUCCUUUCCAAUAAAAACUAGUGCCCUAGAAAAAGCUAUUCUUGUAAAUUGGACAAAGGAUUACCGUGGUGAUGAUGUGAUUGGAAUGGAAGUUGGGCAGUUGUUAGAAGAUGCCAUUAAACGAAGAGGCGUACUGGGACCAAUGGUUGCUGUUUUGAACCUAUUGAGAAUUGUGUAG